AUGUCCUAUUCCGACACUGAAGAGUAUAAAUUUCUUAAUACAUCUCAAAAAAUGCGCUCUCUGAAUUAUGCAAAACAGAGACCGAGCAAGAAGCAUACGCGAAACGAUUUUUAUGUCACUAAGACAUUGUAUGAUCCAAUGAAUACUGUCAGCAAGAAACACCGAACGAAAAUACUUGCAGAUAAGUUGGACGGGUUUUCCUUCAACGUUCCAUACUCCAUGAAUAAGAAAGAAAGAUGGGAGAAGAUAGACCGUAUCGCUCUUCUCAAAAUUCGACAGCCGUCAGAUGAUGCUUUAGAGACCAUCGUAGUAAACAGGGUGGAUGUUCCAUAUUCUGAUGACAGUCACGGCAAUACAGUCAAAAGCAUCAACUUAAUUCAGAAUGAUGGCAUUGCCACAUUGGGCUGUGGGGGGAGACCACAUACGCUCAGCCAUUUUGUCGGUCAGAUUAGGGAUUUAAAGCAUAUGGACAAGAAAGAAGCAGACCCAGCAAGAUUGCUCUUCAACUUUUCCAGUACUCGUCAAUCGCCUGCCAAACAAACGAAAAGAAAAUCCAAACAAAAGAAACGAAGAGCCUACCAAAAUGUCUUCGAUACCGACUACGAGGACUACGACACUUCAGAAACGCUUGUGUUGGAUACACUUGUCCUUACACCAAUACGUCGUUCCCAACUGAGUCUUCAUCUGAGGAAGUCUCCCAACUUCCUUCCUCACUAUUACGAUUCAGAGUGCGAACCAUAUGCGAGUGAAGAAGAGUCUGCUGUCAAUGAACGAGAUUCCUCUUCCUGCGACAAAGACUCCAUCAAGCUUAACACUAUCUUUGAAGUUAUUGAGACUCCACUCAAAAGUUUCGAACCUUUCAGCAUUGAGGGAAAUAUCUUGCCAUUCAUACGAAAAGAACUGUUCAAAAUAUGGCUCGAGCCCAAGCGCCUUUUUAUUUCUAGCCUUGAAGUCUCUCAUCCAAAAUUUGUGAUAUUUUUCGAGGAAGAUCAGGGCAUAUUGAGGGUCAGAGUUAGCACAGACUCGUCUUACACAAAAGCAGCAAGCAGAAGCCGAUUAAUAGACAUCGUGAAAACAAAGAAAGGGAGUGACAUUUCCGCACUGUUCAAUGACCUGUAUGACUUCAUCAAUGAGACAACAAAAGGUUGGAUGGAAGAUUACUACCAUAAAUAUGAUUGGAACUGUCGGAUAAAGAGAUAUCCUGAAGGUUUUCGAUGUCGCGUCAACAGCAAACUGAUAGCACCCAUGGCUGCCAGUGGCUUUGAGUUCGAGCAGAUGAAUCAACUCAGACAAUUAUAUGAGCAAACAAGCCCGAAAAUUGACAGUCGUGGAACUUGUUCUAGCUCGGAAUCGUUAGCUUUUCAAGCUAAACCCAGAUUUGAAAUGCGAUUUGUCACAUGUCCUAAGUGCGCAAUGCCAUAUGACUGUCCGAUGCCACUCGCCACUACUGAAGACUGUGUUUUCAACAGCUGCUCAUGUACAAAGUGUUUCACUGCGUUUUGUUAUCUUUGUGAAUGGGAGCCGCACUGGCCUAUGAGUUGCGAGCAAUUCAAGAAAUGGACUUCGCGAUGGGAUACGCAAUAUUUCUAUGAGGAUCACCAUAUAGAUGGCGAACAAUUGCGAUUAUGCUGCGCUUGCGAGGAGUUCUACAGUGUGCCAAAUGGGACAGAAGAUAAAAGCUGUCCUAGGCUUGUCUGUAAUUUGUACUACAGGCCGCCAUUUGUACAAUCGCACGAUCAUAGUCAUGAUUCCAAGUUCAAUUGGAAUGAUAUGGCCAUAAAGUUGCGCAGGCAUCUCACUGCUUUGAAAAUAAAUAUCAAGAAUUGUAAAAUAUGCGGUCAUGAAAUCCUGCCAGAAUCAGUUGAACUCAGGCCUAUUAUGAAUAGUAAGACCGCUGAGUUAUGCGCAUACGCAAGGAGACAAAGAUUUUUGCAAAAUAGUGAUUUUGAGAAAUAUGUCAUGGCUACAUUCAACGCGGAAAAGAAGGAAAAGUUUAAGAAUCUGAGAAAAACGGUACUCUAUUUAAUCGAGUUUUGCACUGGCUGGAUAUAUGUAGCUAAACCCUUUGAAUGGAAGCAUCUGAGUGUGGAAAUAUCAAAUCUCAAUAAUAGCCUUCAGUUCAUUGAGCAGCAGAUUCCUUCAGCAAGGGACGAUUUUAUGAAGCAUAUGGAUGAACUUGAGGAGGAGACCAAGAACCUCAUCGAACUUGUUCGAAAGAGUUUACGCCAAUCAUAGAAUAUGCAGA